AUGUUAAGUCAAUAUAGAAAUAAUGUGAUUUGUAUUGACUUCACUCAUGGGGUUAAUGCUUAUGGGUUCGAUCUUGCUACUAUUGUAGUUUUAGAUGAUAAACGAGAAGGCUUCCCUGCUGCAUUCAUUAUAAGCAACAGGCAAGAUAGUGUUGCUCUUUCUGUAGCAUUUCAUGCUAUUAAACAUAUUUGUGAGAAUAUCUCUCCUAAGGUCCUUAUGACGGAUGAUACUGAAUCAUUCUACAACGCUUGGAAGGAUACGUUCGGAGAACCUCAGAAGCGUCUCCUUUGCUUUUGGCAUGUGGAUCAAAGUAGGCGGAAAAAACUUUCAGAAUUGGUGCCAAAUAAGGAAGAGCAAGCCAAUAUUCAUAAAAUCAUAAGAUGUCUGCUAUCGGAACCAGAUCUCAACACUUUCAUCGUGUUAGCAGGAAAUGCUGUGAAAUUGUUUCAAGAAAAUGAACUUUCAAAAAGCUUUGGAGUUUAUUUUGAAAAAAACUAUUUGCGCAGAGCUGAAGUAUGGGCUUAUUCAUAUAGAACGUGGGAUGGUGUAAAUACGAACAUGCAUAUUGAGCGUAUGCAUCGAACAAUUAAGUACAUAUACUUAGAGGGGAAAAAGGUCAAACGCUUAGACAAAACGAUCCAUUGCCUCAUGCAAUUUGUGAGGGAUAAGUUGUUUGACCGAUCCAUUGCUUUAGAGAAAGGCAAAAUAUCUUUCAAGAUAUCAACAUUACGCAAUAGGCAUAAGAUGAGUAAAAGUCUAACAACUGAUAUAUAUCCUCAGAACGAAAAUGAAUGGAUAAUACAUUCUCAAACAAGAAUCGGGGAAAUGUAUAACGUUCAUAAAGCUGAUGAAUGCAGUAAGGAAUGCCCUUUAUUGUGUAAAGAAUGA